AUGCGCUUCACUCCAUGGACCUACGCGGCAUUGGCCUUUGUGCCCAAUGUUGUUGCACAGAGCAGUGCUGAAGACAACACAACACAGCCCGUCUCUUUCUUCUACACUCGACCUCUGUCUCAAGCUCCUGCUCUGAACGUCACACUCCAAGCAGACUUUUCCCCUGGCUAUGUCUUCAUGUCGCCCUACAAGUCCAUCAAACCCGCUCCCUACAUCUACGACAAAUUUGGAAACCUCAUCUGGGAUGGCUACGGUGUGACUGGAUCUGCGAAUGCGCACAACUUCAAGCCUUGCCAGUAUCAGGGUGCUCCUCACCUCUGCUUCAAUCAAGUCAAUCAGCAGGACGGAUAUGGAAUUGGGCAGGGUGUCAUCGUAGAUCAGAAUUACGAGGUUGUGGCUACAGCGCAGACGGGAGGAAAUGCCGAGCCUGUGGAUAUGCAUGAGUUUCAGCUACUCAAUGAUGGAGAGACAGCUAUCCUUAGCGCUUAUCAGAUUGUUCCGUUCGAUCUGUCGUACUUCAACAUCACGACUGGUAACUAUCUUGUUUCUGCCAGACAUACCAGCACGCUAUACUACGUCAAUGCCACCGAUCGCGAUAUCAUCUGGAAGUUGAGCUACCAAGGACAUUCCGACUUCUCGUGCUCAAACUUCAACUUCAGCUUCCAACACGAUGCACGUUUGCUAUCAGAGAACGACACGACCACUGUUCUCUCCAUCUUUGACAAUGCAUCAAACGGCUACACGACUACCACUUCUCAGUCUUCAGGCAAAGUCAUCGCUGUCGACCACAACUCUGGCGUCGCAACUAUGCUCUCCAACACCACGUUUCCCUCUAUUGAAGGCCUUCUCAGCACCUCUCAAGGAAACACGCAAACCCUCUCCAACGGCGGCUUCUUUCACAGCUGGGGCAACAACCCAUAUCUCUCCGAACACUCUGCAAAUGGCACUGCUGUACUCGCUGCGUCCUUCGCCGCCGAGGACUCUGCACAGAACUACCGCGCCUUUUCUGCUGAUUGGACGAGCACACCUGUAACUACUGUCCCUGACGUUUAUGUCUAUGCUGUCAAUUCUUCCGCGCCUACUCGUAUCUAUGUGUCUUGGAAUGGCUGCACUACAGUUUCCUCAUGGCAGUUCUACGGUGGUGGCUACGUGGGAGAAGACUUCCUGGUCAUUGGACAAGCAGACAAAGAGGGCUUCGAGACUUUCUGGGAGGCGGAUAAAUUUUACCAGUGGGUGAGAGUUGAGGCUAUUGAUGCGGAUGGCAAUGCGCUGCGCAACUCGAGUUACACGGGUUCUUUUGUGCCGUCCGCUAUGCUGGCUGGUGCUUGUGAUGAAAGUGGAUGCGGUGUCGCGACCUCUUACUCUUCUUAG